CUUCCUCAGCCCGCUAAAAAUUCUCCUGAAGCUCAGAGCUCGCGCUGCUUUUUUCUCUCAAUUCUAGUCUCACUCGAUUCAUAAGCUCGCGUCGGAUUCUCUGUUCUUCUAUACGCCGAUGGAGCCCCCUUUUCCGAAUGAAUUGAAGGAGGAGAAGCGAGAGGGGAGCAGUCCUCGUCCUUCAUCUUCUUCUGCUACUCCGCGGCCGAUGGAUGGAUUGCAGGAUUCCUGGCCUCCUCCAUUUCUGACGAAGACCUAUGACAUGGUGAAUGACGCGGGUACCGAUCAGAUGGUUUCGUGGAGCAAGAUGAACAAUAGUUUCGUUGUUUGGGAUCCUCAUUCCUUUGCAAUGGAAUUGCUUCCUAAGCAUUUCAAGCAUAAUAAUUUCUCCAGCUUCGUCAGGCAGCUCAACACUUAUGGAUUCAGGAAAGUUGAUCCAGACAAAUGGGAAUUCGCUCACGAGGGCUUUCUCAGAGGUCAGAAACACUUGCUGAUGACCAUCAAAAGAAGAAGACACCCUGCCCAUCCUUCUAAUCAACCCCAGCCUUCCGAGGCCUGUCUCGAGGUCGGAAAGUACGGACUUGACGGCGAAAUCGAUCAAUUAAAACGCGAUAAAACCCUAUUGAUGUCAGAAGUCAUAAAGCUAAGGCAAGAUCAGCAAAACUCCAAAGCUCGCCUUCAAACCAUGGCCGAGAAGCUCAAAGGAAUAGAACAGAAGCAACAACAUAUGAUGUCAUUCUUGGCAAGAGCGAUGCAAAAUCCCAGCUUUGUGGAUCAGUUGGCUGAGCAGAAAGACAAGAGAAAGGAACUUGAAGAAGCCAUUUCGAAGAAGAGAAAACGCUACAUCAACUAUAUGCCUGCAAAUGUUAACGAGAGCACAAGCCAACAACAAAUUCAGGAUCCCAAAUCCAUAUAUAGUCUCGAAGGAAAUGAUGAGAUUUCAGCAUUUGAGAAUCUGGCCUUAGAAGUCCAUGGAUUGAAUGAGAUACAAGGUGAGGAAGAAAAUGAGGACCAGCAGCCGGAAGAUCCGGUAGAGGAGCUAAAUGAGGAAUUCUGGCAGGAGCUGUUCAAUGAAAUGAUUUCAGAUGGGUUAGGGACAACAGAGUUGGAUUUGGCGAAGCCUCCAAAGUAAUGACUGGAUGAGUACUGAUCUCCCCCUCAAAAAAAGACUGAAAAUUUCACCAUUAUAUCUCCCUUAUGGGUUCUAAUGGCGGUUGAUUUGACAUCAAAUGAGCAGAACCCAUAAUCAUAUAUCCUUUUAUUAGCUAACUAUUUUUUUAUAAACAUUAAGAUUUACAACUUCUUUUUCAUUUUUUUGCAUCGUUAUGACCAUAAUCUUGUUGGUCUUCUGGCAGAUAUAACAUUAAGGGAGAUAGAAGAUAAUUUGAUCCUUGCAACACAGUUUCAUGAUUUACCGUUCAAGGGCUUUUCUCAUGGAGAUCAGUCUUCUGUUGGUGAUUACUUGUGGCAGCAGAAUUGAUGAUUUGUUAUAUGGAUGUUGAAGCUGGUUUCAUGGAGGAUUUCUGGGAGCUGAUACUUUGUAUUGCGGACAGCUUUUGUGAAAUUAUUGUGGUUUUAGGCGUGGUUGAGACCUGUUUAUCAAACAUUUUAAUCUCUUUACAAGUUGAACUGCUUAUUCAACUAUUCUUGUUUAAACGUUAUAAUUUGAGUAUUUUCAUACACUAUAGUUGUUGAUUGAAUAUACA